UCGCUCAUCUGGUCAAUGGAUUACACAGUUUCCCUCCAAGUGCAACACCAGCUGACAGUGUUCCCAACGCACUUGUACCAAGGAUACAGUUUGGAGUUACAGGAUGUCAAUGAGGAGGCGGCAGGGAUGGAGAAUCUCUCAGAGGAUGGGUUAACCAAAGCCUUAUGUAUGAAGUCUACAGAUGUGGACCAGGGCUUGUUCACAGACAGCUACUGCAAGGUGUGCAGUGCCCAGCUCAUCUCCGAGUCCCAGCGGGUUGCCCAUUACGAGAGCCGGAAACAUGCAAAUAAAGUCCGACUGUAUUACAUGUUACACCCCGUGGAUGGUGGUUGCCCUGCCAAGAAGCUCAGAACAGACAAUGGAAGCGAAGAGGGAGAUGUCGACAAGAACAAGUGUUGCACUCUGUGCAACAUGUCCUUCACAUCGGCAGUGGUAGCGCAGUCCCAUUACCAGGGAAAGAUCCACGCUAAGAGACUAAAACUGCUGCUGGGCGAGCAGCCUGCCAUCACAGCCAAAGAGGUGCCUCCGAGUCCGACUCCGAAGACGCCCUCGGAAGCCUCGCCUAUGGCCUCACCCCGGCAGCGCCGCGACUCGGACCGCUACUGCCAGCUAUGCAACGCGUGGUUCAACAACCCCGGCAUGGCCCAACAGCACUACGACGGCAAGAAGCACAAGAAGAAUGCGGCCCGCGCCGACCUGCUGGAGCAGCUGGGCAAGACCCUGGACAUGGGGGAGAUGAAAGGUCUGAAGCGCAGCUACACCUGUGAUGUCUGCAGCGUAACGCUGAACUCGGUUGCGCAGUACCAUGCGCAUCUGCAGGGCUCCAAGCACCAAAACAAUCUAUUGCCAUCAUCCAAGACCCUCCCACCCUCAGCACUUACUGCCGCCCCACUGGCCUCACGAUGCGCCUUCCCAGCCCCUCACCACACCACUCCUACUGUCGUGCUGCUGUGA